AUGGUUCUGCUGCGAUGGGUUGCGAGGUCUUCCCCCUCUCCCACCUCACGGUCUCCAACUAGCCAGUCUCAACGACGCAUACUACCCCGUCCACGCGUAGGCAUCUUCAAUAGACGAACGUCCCGCACGGUCGCUACGGACACUCCCUCGAACCCGCCCUCUUUCACUCAAGACUGUACCAACCUCCAGAUCGUGAAUAAGCGACUUGCACGACUUGAAAAAGACCUCGAAUGUCUGGAGAAUGCUGUCUUGAGACAGGCACUAUCGCUGGAAGAUAUUAUCGAAGAACGACGCCGAUAUAUCCAGUUGCCCUUGUAUACAGGGAACCUGAGUAGACAUCCGGACCACCUUUGGUUGGCAAAAUCUUGCCUAUGUCUGGCCGCCUGUUUGGCACUUUGUGCAGAGGUUUUUAAGUAUGUGCUGUAG